AUGGAGAUAUCCAAGACAGCACUCCGACGGAUCCCCCGUCGAGCGCAUCGCUUGGCCAGUGCUGUUCGCUAUGGAGAUCUUCCGCCCUCCGCUCUAGCAUGCUCUCCUAUGGCAGUAUGGAGCAGGAGACAGUUCUCAACAAACACAAACUUGCUGUUUCCUGGCCCUUCAGGCUUUGGUGCAAGUAGCUCCUCAGGGCCACCCACCUACUUCCAGCGGCAGUCGAGCUUACCCGCCAACACCAUCAUUCGCUUCGUACCGCAGCAGACCGCUUGGAUCGUGGAGCGCAUGGGCAAGUUCCAUCGGAUCCUGCAACCCGGGCUUGCCAUUUUGCUGCCAAUAAUUGAUCGUAUCGCCUACGUCCAGUCGUUGAAAGAAUCGGCCAUCGAGAUUCCCAGUCAGAGCGCAAUCACUGCGGACAAUGUCACGCUUGAGCUAGAUGGCGUGCUCUACACAAGAGUGUUCGAUGCGUACAAAGCGAGUUACGGCGUGGAGGAUGCAGAAUAUGCUAUUUCACAACUCGCCCAGACGACGAUGCGAUCCGAGAUCGGCCAGCUGACAUUAGAUCACGUCCUGAGGGAACGAGCGAGCCUUAACUCCAAUAUUACACAAGCCAUCAAUGAAGCCGCGCAGGAAUGGGGUGUGGUGUGCCUGCGGUACGAGAUUCGAGACAUCCACGCACCGGAAGGGGUUGUGGCUGCCAUGCACAGACAAGUUACGGCGGAACGGUCGAAGCGGGCCGAGAUCUUGGAAUCCGAAGGUCAAAGACAGAGCGCGAUCAACAUUGCGGAGGGUCGGAAACAAUCCGUCAUCCUAGCGUCUGAGGCGUUGAAGGCGGAGCAGAUCAACAUGGCAUCUGGUGAAGCGGAGGCUAUCCUGGUCAAGGCCCAGGCUACAGCGCGCGGGAUCGAAGCCGUCGCGAGUGCCAUCAAGCAAGGCGAGGAUAGUGCCCAGAGCGCUGUCAGCCUCAGUGUUGCUGAGAAAUAUGUUGAUGCAUUCAGCAAGUUGGCGAAAGAGGGUACGGCGGUGGUGGUACCCGGAAACGUCGGCGACAUUAGCAGCAUGAUUGCUAGUGCAAUGGCUGUCUACGGCAAGGUGAACGAGGGUCAGAUCAAGAGCCUUGCGGCCACGCAUUCGUCACAAUCUUCGAACGAGCCGGAGAAGGAUGUUGGCCAACAAGUCAUUGAGGUCGCGCAGCGCGGAGACGCGAAAGACAUCGCGCAGACUGUACUUGACGGAUUUGAGAAGACGAGAGAGUCGCGGAGAUGA